UACACAGUACGAAUAGGAUACGCGUUCAACGCGAGUGAAAUUAAGCGUAGUUAUAGUUUGUAAGACAUCAAAUACUGCUUCGUUUGAUCUAUUACACAUGAUUAAUAAAUUACCAUCAGGUGUACCGACCUCAGGAAAUGUAUCUCUUUUUUGGUUAUUCUUUGUCCAAGAGAUGAGCUUUAUUACACUUGCAGAGGGCAUUUCAAUGUGUUUUCAGCUUUAAACAGCUAAGUAGGUGUGUGCCAAGUAGCUACUAGCUUUUGAUUUUAUAUAUGCGGUGGAAAAGGACGACGAUAUAUUUAUUCAUACUUGGCAAAGACUAAGUGAAAUCCAGGAAAUCAUCAUAUUAAAUUAGCGCUGGAUGUGACAUCGAGAUAUAGUACAGCCCAUACGUAUUAUACACUUCAGACUUUAAGACCGCGCGGUUUACACCUUAGCUGAAGCUACGACCUUGGAUUUUGAUCAAAUGAUAAUUUUUCAUUAUGUAGACAGUCCUGUGCUCAAAUUAUGAAAUUUUCCGUUACUUUCAAGUAACCGAGCUUAGUUUAUGUUUUGUGAGAUUCGUGAAGAUUAAUUUUGCGCCUUACGUGGUUUCGUCUCACAACUCCGAAAUGGAGUGGAUGUGGACUGAUAUCUUUUCGCAUCCGCUAUGGGUGUUUUCCACGCUGGUUUUAGGGCUUGUGGUGCGGGCACAGCGAAGGGGCCCGUGGGACCCGCGAACCUGUCCCGUGGAAUUGAAAGGGAAGACAGCCAUCGUUACUGGAGCAAAUACAGGGAUCGGGAAGUUUGUUGCCCUGGACUUUGCCCGUCGUGGUGCCCGCGUGAUCCUCGCUUGCCGCAGUGAGGCAAGGGGGUCGGCGGCCAUGAGGGAGAUCCGCCAGCGCAGUGGGAACGAGGACGUCCACCUGCGCCUGGUGGACACCUCCUCCCUCACCUCCGUCAGAGAGUUCGCCGACAGAAUUCUCCAGGAGGAGAAGCAGCUGCACAUCCUGGUCAACAACGCCGGGGCCUCAGGUCUCCCCAGACAGAUCACCUCAGAUGGGCUGGAGGUGUCCUUUGCCACCAACCACGUGGGGCCAUUCCUGCUAACUACCCUGCUCUUAGAUCUGAUGAAGCGCUCUGCUCCAGCACGCAUUGUGAACGUGUCCUCAGUCAACCACUGGAGAGGCACGGUUGACUUUGCACAUUUUCGUGGUGACAACCUUUCCUAUGGGAUGGACAGUGUCUACAACCACACCAAGCUCCACAACAUCAUCUGCACCAAUGAGCUGGCUCGCAGGCUGCAGGGUACAGGAGUGACGGCCAACUCCUUGCAUCCAGGCGUAGUUAUGACAGAGGUGAUGCGACACUACAGCUUCCUGGUGAGAUUCAUCUUCAUCCUGGUGGGAAUUUUCUUCUUCAAGUCUGCUGAGGAAGGGGCGGUGAGCACCAUCUACUGUGCCGUAUCCAAGGAGGUGGAGGGAAUCACAGGGAAGUACUUCGACAGUGACUGCUCUCUGGUCCUCCCCGCCCCCCUUGCCAGAGACCCCGCACUGGCCGUCAAGGACUAUGAGUUCUGUGAGAGACUAACAGCCAAGCUGUGAGCUUGCACAAAGGAAAGGAAGCCAGCUGGAGGAACCCUGUUAACAUGCCAGUCUGAAUGCAACCAUCCCCUGGUAAUUGCUCCACAAAAUGGUGGUGCUUUUCCCAAAUGCUGUGGACUGCUGUGAUGUUAUGUCCUUAACCAGAGAAUUCACUUAAAGGACGUAAGCAAAGUGAGGUGCCACACCACCCUCUAACCCUCUUCUACAGAACAGAUGGAAUGAAUCAGAUCAAAAGUCAUCUUCUCACAACAUCAUCAUUCUGAAAACAUUUGCAACCACAUGCAUAGUCAGAAAUUGAGUAACAUGAACAUCUGCUGUAUAUGUCUCACAGUAAACUCAAAAAACAUUUAAUUGUACUGUAGUGGAUACUUGUAGUCUUCAGUAACAAGACAUAUGUGGUUAUGGAAAAAUUGUUUCUGAAGUUUGGAUCAAUGACAUUACAAUUCCGUUAUCCACGAUCCUGUCCCUCACAAUUGCUCUAAUUUAUUCUUACUUUAAUUGUGGCAUUGUUCCAAACUAAGUUAUAUUGUAUUCCAUUACUACAUCAUAUCCGUACCUUGAUUCCAGUCUGAUGCCUUAUAUUAGGCUAGCAGACGCUCUACCUACACUGUCCUGUCGUGGGUAAAACACCAGUGCCCCAUCUGGAAAUUCAACCUGCAACCUUUGUAUUAUGAGUCCUGUUCCUGACCACUAUGCCACACUGUUGCCUGUCUCCACAGCUUUAUUUGCCUAACCCUUAAUGACCCAAAAUGAAGCACAGUAAAUAAACUGAAUAUGGUUGUAUUGUCUGGAGCAGGAACUUGCAAGAAGCUCUCCCAGAGAGCACUGAGGCCGGACACUAGCAUCUGAAUGGGGUGCUCUGUGCUGCCCUACCCCUCCGCAACCAGCUGCUGUGAGCACAUUUUUAAACCUUUGAGGAUACAACAAACAGGCAUAGUAAAGCUUAAAAACAUCUCCCAUAAGAUAUGCAUGCCACUCUGCAAGGUACAGAAGUCAUAGUGAUGAAUAGGCCAGUAGAUAUGUAUGUAUGAACGGGCCAGUGUAUAUCUAUGACCCCACAUAUGCAGGGUCAAACACAUAUGACUUCUUUUAUUUUGCAGGGUUGGGGGAAGGGAAAACAUGUAAAUUAGAUUGGAAAACUGAAGGAAAUGGUAAAUGCUAAACUAAAAGAUGAAGAGAAUAUAUAAUGAUCAGAAAAACAAUGGGAAUGA